AUGCCCUACGCCGGCAACCCUCCUACUCCAACGGAGAACAAGGUCUCCCAGAUCCUCUCAAUCAUCUCAGCAUAUCGUCACCGCUCGGCCGCUGUUCCUGAUCGCUUUUCCGAAUUCGCUCCAGAUCUCGAGAAGCAACUCACUGAGACUGUCUCCAAGGGGGAGGCAGUGCGAUUCAUUCUUCCAUCCUUCCCCUUCAAGGCCCCCGCUGAGGGAGACAAGCGCAAGACUCUGGGCUCUCUGCCAGACAAGGCAGAAGAGAUCGCUUUGCAAACCCUCGACGGAUUUGCCGAUUCCAUUGCUGAGAUCUACGAGGCUGGUGCCACUGUAGUUGUUGUCUCAGAUGCGUCUGUAUACGGAGACCUUCUGAAGAUCCCCGACGCCGACGCUUUUGCCUACCGUCAGGAAUUGAAGAAGCUUGCCUCGUCUCUCGGUCUCACUCAUCUUGAAUUUGUGCGUCCGGGCACUCUCGCCGGCAUUGUCCCCGAGGAGGCCAAGACACUCGAGGAGUAUUCCGACCACGUCUCCAAAACCCGCAACCUUCUCGAUGGUACCCUAGCUCAGGCGGUCGACCCCAACGAGGAUGAGAAUAUGCAAGCAACAAGCAAGCACUACGACACGGCACUGCCUCCGGCCGAAGAUCACGAAACUUUCAAGGCUGCUAUGCUCAAGCGGGGAAAAGCCUAUGCGAAGCUGAUUGCCUCAUCGGCCGAGUCGACGAUCCGCCUGUCCAUCCACGAGUCCAACAAUGUUGGCAAAAUUACUAUUAACCUCUUCCCACCGUCAACAAAUCCGGACUUCAUCACUCCCUGGCACGGCGCCGUCGCGGUCCUCGCAGACGCCAGCGUGCGCAUUGUCGAUGCCUCCACCGUGGACAUGGGCAAAUUUGAGGUCAUCACUAACCACGAGGGUCGCCCCUGGCUGCUUCGCGAGAAAUCUGAUCUCUUCGACUGGUUUGGCAUGGAACUAGAUUUUGAGCCUCUCUUCCCCUGCGGUAUGCUUGUCCGCCCCAAAGAAGGAUACGGUCCAUACAGGUUCGAGGAUGUCAAUAUGAAGUGCGUGCGUCGGCUCGCCCUGUCUACCGCCCCGCUCCUUCUGCGCGGCUUCACCAUGCAAGUCGAGAAGGAAGUAUUCCGCAGCAAGGCCCGCGAGCUGGGCAAGAUCCAGAUGUGGCCCUUUGGCGACAUUCUCGAGGUCCGCGAGAACGCCGACUUCAACAUGAACAACGUGCUCACCCGCGAAGCCAUGCCCUUCCACUACGACGGCGUCUUCAAGACCGUCCAGGACGAGAAGACGGGCGAGUGGAUCUCCGUCCCGCCCCUCUUCCAGAUGUUCCGCAACCGCGCCGCAUCCCAGUCCAAGGGCGGGCUGACCCUUUUCGCCUCCUCGCGCAACCUCAUCCCUCUCCUCGGCCCGGACAGCAUCACACUCGAGGAGCUCCGCAAACUCAAGUGGAAAACCUUCACCGCCGUCAAUGAGGCAUUUGGCGGCCAUGAGCUCCUCCUGCCUUUCAUCAUCACCCACCCGGAGUCCGGCGUUGACACUUUCCGGUUUCACGAGCCUUGGCCCGAGAGCAAGUGCGUGGCCGGAAGCAGUGAGCCGACGAUCGUGCGGGUUGUGGGCUGGCCCUUGGCUGAGAGCGACGCGCUCUGUGAGAAGCUGACCCAGCUCCUGUAUGACCGCCGGGUUGCCUACCGUCACCAGUGGAAGGCGGGGGAUUUCAUCUUCAACGACAACGCCAUGACCCACCACACUCGCACAGCCUUCGAGGAUGGUCACCGUGAGCACUGGCGUGUGCAUGUGAAUUAG